UUCUCUUUUGCUACUUUUUUUUUCUGUGAUCUCUCGAGUGUUAAAUGAGUGUCUCUUUUUGAUUAGCAGACAGACAUGGGUAGCGCUCCAUGCUGCGACAAAACAAACGUGAAGAGAGGGCCUUGGUCUCCUGAAGAAGACGCCGCUCUCAAAAGCUAUGUUCAGACCCAUGGCACUGGUGGUAACUGGAUCUCUUUGCCCCUUAAAGCUGGCCUAAAGAGAUGUGGCAAGAGUUGCCGCCUGCGCUGGCUUAAUUAUCUCAGACCAGACAUUAAACAUGGAGGGUUUACCCAGGAGGAAGACGACAUUAUAUGCAGUCUCUAUACUCAAAUGGGAAGCAGGUGGUCUCUCAUAGCAUCCCAACUCCCCGGAAGAACCGACAACGAUGUGAAGAACUACUGGAACACCAAGUUGAAGAAGAAGCUACUCGCCGGAAAAACGACAAGCUUUAAUACCGACAACAAUGGCGGUUUCAGUUUCACCGAUGCUGCUGCUGGUGUUGGCUAUGGAUUCUCUGUCAAUAGUACCUCUCAAAGCUUGCCUUUAGACCCGGUCAUGCGGUUUAAUUCUCACCCGUCAUGUCCGAAUCUGGACAACAACAUCGUCUUCGUCGCAUCCCAAGAAGAAUCCGCCGUGUCGGAUUCCGCGGGUAAUGGAUAUGUUGGAGAUACGGACUGUGUUCUGGUCUAUGCUUAUCAUCAACAACAGUUUAGCUAAGAGUUGUCUUAUGAGUUCAUCAAUGGCGGCGAGAUUGGUGUUCCGACUUCCGAGUUUAGCUGAUUUAUCUCAUGCUGACAUAAAGGUUACUCGAGGACUGAAUCAAAGCGUCGUUGACCCAUAUUGAACGUGGAAUCAAGUUUAAGCCC